GUACAAAUCGGACGGCUCGGGUAGCGACAGGCGCCACUGCUGCGACGUGACGUCAGCAGAUGGAUACUAAACAUGGCGGAGAGCAACUGAAGUUAACGUACAGCGUUGGUGAAAAUACACGAACCUUCGGGUCUGUGCUCAAUUUGCCGGAAAUUUACCGAGAAAGUGAUUUUUGUUGAAGUGUCUUAAAUCAGCUCACAUAGUUAUAAGUAUUCUUUUGUACUUUUAGUCGGUUUAAGCCUGUCUGAGCUGGACGUUAGCUCACAGCGUUAGCCGCGUUAGCAGUCUGACCAGCGCCUGCUUUUGUUUUUGUCUUUUGAGGGCUGACUGACUGGAUCAUCUCACAACGCUGUUUUCUUUGCAGUACAUUAUUUUCUAAAUGGGACCAAGCGUUUUUUAUAUAAAUCUACUCAAGUCUUUUAUUUUGUAGUGCGGGUGUGGUCCUGUCUGUCUGCAGCCUGUUAACGUUGCUGUGAAAACGAGGUAACUUCACAUUUAAAGCCAUUUAAAGGGACAAACUCGCUGUGAGCCUUUGGAUUGUCUUAUAUGAACUUUAACACCAGGAAACAUGGAUUCAAAGCGCGCACACAGUAAACCUCACAAAAGCGGAGGUGGUGGUGGCGGCGGCAGCAGCGAAGACUCAAGCUGCGGCAGCCCGGCGUCCCCCUCCAGCAGCCCGGCCCCGGUUGCAGCCAAAGCCCCGGUGGUUCCCGGGGGUAACGCGUUCGCCAACGACGGCAGCUUCAUGGAGAUGUUCAAGAAGAAGAUGGAGGAGGAGCAGAGGAAAAAAGAGACAGCGACCACAGCCCCCGUGCAGGGACAGACAUCAGUGGAAAAGAGGCCCCCACCCGUGACGAGCUUUGUAAGGGGUUUAGCAGUUGUAAGAUGAGAUAGCUGUAGUCCAACACUCACAAACUUGAGCUUCAUGCACUCAUUAAUAUUUAGCAGGUGACUUUUUUACACCCUAAGAUAAUAACAAAAACAUUUUAGUUUUGUAGCAUAACACACAAACAUGUUGGUUCUUUAUUGUUGUUGUGUUUCCUCAACACUAUGUAUGAGUGUCUGUAUGUCCAGACAAAAGCCCAGACUAGGGAUGCUCCUCUCUGAUGAUGGUUUCUCUGGUGGUGCUGCGAGACACUAAAUGUAGACCUUCUGCUCUGGUGUAGUCUCCUUCAUUGGCAGUCCAUCUGCAAGGGCUCCUAUAACGGUUUCAGUCUUCUAUCCCCUAACCCAGGUGGGGAAGCGCAGAGGCGGGGUGUUCCUAAAGACCGGCAUGGUUGCGAAGAAGCAGAAACACGACUCAGAAGUAAGUGUGACCAUAAUAAGGUGUUGUUAAAUACUAAGAUGACGAGUUAUAGACAUUGCACCAGUAAUAAAUUCGCUGCUGGUAUAAAAAUAUAAACAUUUUCUACAGGGUUUGCACCUGUAUGAAUAGGCAAGGGUCCUCAAUUGAGUAAUUUCCUCAAUGGACAGGUCACAUCAAUAAUGGUUGUCAAACCAGUGUAGUACAGUCAGCUCCACUAUGAGGACCUGUGAUAAUGCUGAGGGUUUCAAAAAGUCCUUACCAGUCACGAUUUUUACAUCACUCUUUUUGCACUAGUGAUCUUGCAAAGUCGAACAUUUUGGAUGAAAUCUCCCCAAGUUGCAAUGAUUUAUGCAAAUAUAUGAUUAUUAAAUGAAGGUAAACUCUAAUGUAACCCCUCCAUCUGCAUAGAUUUAGUUUGACAUUUUACAGAGCAACUAUAUUUCUAUAUUCAUCAACUUCACUUUUUUAACUGCGUUAUGUUUUUUAGUGUUGGAUUUUUUCAAAAGAAGUCUAAAUGGGUACUUACAAAAAUAACUCAAACAGUGUUAGAGCUUCAAUAAGGAACAACACAAGAUUUCACCAGCAAGGUUGUAUAUCGAGGGAAAAAAGUUGUAAUUUUUUAGUAUAAAUUAGUGAUAUAAAAAGUGCCCUCAGAAUAAAGCCAUAACACUAUGAGGAAAACAAAGAUAGAUAUUAGUUUGUUAAAAAGGAAAAAAAGAGAGAUUUCAAGGCUGAAUUUGGGAAUUUAUGUGGAAAAAAAGUCAGGAUUUUAGUCUUCAGCUAACUCAGAUAUUAUUUAAAGGGGGGAAAAAUGCUUCAGUAAAGGUUUCCCAUAUAACUGAAUACCCAGUCUUUUAACAUAUGAGUGUAAAUUUCAGGACUCUUAAUGGAUUGAGCAAAAAACAAUCUUUUAUAAACAAAUGUAGCUUAAUAGGAGACCCGUGCACACUUCUGCAACCGCUGUCUGACAACAGCUGAUGAGUAUCAUUUCACAAGAUUAUCCACAUUCUUCAUUUGUGUGCAGGCAGCUGGCUCCCCACCCUAAAUGUAUUUUAGCCUACAUAUUAAUUAAAUGUAGCCUGUAAUAAGUUUACUCUCUAAACUACAAUUUAACUCAUCUUAUAUGACUAUUUUUAUAAAUCUACAUCUUCCUACUGAUAUUGGGACUCUAGCCUCUUGAAUAUCAGUGCUAAAACGAAGUUCAGCCAUCCUAGUGUUAAUUCAUAUUGAAUCACAAUUUUCACAGUUUUUAUUUCCUUACAACUUUAAUCUCAAAAUCCCAGACGUUUUCCUUAAACAGGUCCUAAUAAUCCAUAUAGAUGAAAGACUUGAAGCAUGAUUGUCCUGGCUGACCAUACAUCAGUUUCACUUGACCUUUUUCCCUCCGUUGCUCAUCUCUUUGCUCUUUCUCUCCUCCAGGCUGUCCCAGGCAAGAGCGAUGCUUGGUCAAAGUACAUGGCUGAGGUAAAAAAGUACAAAGCCCAUCAGUGCGGCGACGACGAUAAAACCCGACCUCUGGUCAAGUAGGUUCCUCAGAACAAGAAGCGACAGUGUUAAGAGGGGAAACCGAUCUGGGAGACGCUCCGGGAGAGCUGGCCGGUCCUGACCUUCUCAAACUGCCAGUUCAAGCUACCCUUCACAUCAACCUGUGUUUCACAAACUGCUUAGAUCAACUGACCUUUUUCCCUUUUUUGUAUUGUUUUGUCUUGCUUGUCAUUCGUUGGACUCUGGUUAUUUGAUCUGGUGUCAAAGGGUGUCUCAAAUUGACCUUAUCGAUCAUUCUUGUAAUAUACUUUCAAUUUCUGUCUGGGUUUAUUCAGUGUUCUUUAAGAAUUGGUUUGGUUUAUGAGCCAAAUGAAGUUGACAAUUAAAUUGACAUUUCUCUUUGA